UCGGUAGUUGUUAAACUUCCACUCGGCUGGUUGGCCGUAAACCACGAUUCAUAAUUAAAACAAGUGUUCUUUGGGUGUUUUCUACGGGAUUCGACGGAGACCAAGUCCAUUCAAUGCCUUUAAAAAUGACAGAAUGGCCAGGUGAUUAACACUGGCUAUGCCUUGGAUUCGGCCCACCGUUUAUUGCGGAAGUUGUCCACGAGGCUGACCCUUCAUUGGUCGAAAGAGGCAGUCGUUCACCAGAAUGUGCGUAGAUGUUACCGGACUCCCUGGAUUUCUGAUUUUGGGAGAAUGAUUUUCAUCAUAAUUGACACCGUUUAAGCAUAGGGGAGCUAAAACUUCAAAAUUUGCAUCAGUCUAUUGCAAACAUUGUAGGUGAAACCGAUCAAGAUUUUCAAAUUGUCAUAAAUUAUUAAAGAUCACGUUCAGCCGCCCUAAUGCACACAUACUGCCGUUCUACGCAUAUUUGUCCCGCGGUUCAUAAGGUUCACAUAAAACGUGGGACUAGUAAGCGUAGAAAGGCAGCCUAGCUCUAAGGCUAGACGAAGCAAAUUACGUCGAUUAUAAAAAAUAAACACUCGAUGCAUAUUUUAUUGCAUCAAUUUAUUUAAUCAUCGCAUGGUCCGGAUUAUAAAAAUCGCCCUUCGGUAGAUCGCAACUAUUCAAUCGUCACUAGUCAUAGAAAAUCACUUCUUGUGGAAGCUAAGUAAGCUUAACAGCAAUCCCAUAAACAUGAACCCAAUCUCACGUACCUGGAGACAGUCUUUUCAAAAGUUUCACAUUGAUUCAGAUUACUUUUGGUUGGCAGAUGCCCUCUGCCUAAUAUCUGAACAGCGCCCUCCUCAAACAAAGCAUCUUACAAUUCAUGUUCUAUGGACAGCUCUGAGCGUACUUCACGGCUUUCAAUACUGUUGCUUCGUUAUCCAGAUGAUAAAAUGCUACCAAAAGUCCCCGUUGGACAAGGAAAUGUUCACGUCAAUGGUGAACCUGGUGUUCCCCUUUGGAGUUGCCGUACUGCGAGGAAUAUGUCUAGCUUAUCACCGUGAGGCGGUUCAGAAACUGAAGAAGUACAUCAAUUCGAAAACCUGUCAACGAGACGACGCCGGUUCAUUCGAAUUGCGGAGGCAACAGUACCAAAAGGUCAAUCGGAACUUGGCAGCCUUUCAUUGUAUAACUACAGCGAACAGCGUUUCUUGGGCACUAACCAUUGGAUUGCACGGGGAUGAUGUGUUCAAAAUUCCUUUCAAAUCUUCAGGAUGGAUCGGGAAAACGAUUGAUGUUGUCUAUGCAUUGCUGUUGAUUCCGUGGUGUUUCACGCUGUGGUACAGUCCGACACAAUUUGUGCCAAUUUUGAGCUUUUUCAACACCGAGCUGCAAAUAGUUGUGGCUCAGUUUGAAAGUCUGUUCGGGAAAGUUGUCGCAAAUUCCUCUUCUAUCAGGUAAAUUUUUCAGGCUGCUUGGGCACGUCAGGAGUUAAUCAUCAAUAUUAACCUCCUUUUCCCGAGCAGCCUAGAUAGCCGCGUAGU